AUGGAGGGCGGGAGGGACAGCGACGACGGUGGCGUCGCCGGAGCGGCGGCGGCGGGGCAGGAGCGACGGUGGUGGCGCGGCGCCGGGUGCGGUGACGAGGAGGACAGUAGUCACGGGAGCAGCGGCGGCGGCGUCGAGCUCAGCCUGCGGCUCAGGACGGGGGCGGCGGACGACGACGAUGGUGCCGCUAGUGCUCCGCCGCCGCUGCCGCUGCCGCUGCUGCCGGCGGAGGCGAGGAGGAACAUGACCAUCUUCUACAAUGGCCGGGUGUGCGCCGUCGACGUCACCGAGGUCCAGGCAAGGGCGAUCAUAUCCAAGGCGAGCGAGGAGACCCUGGCGGCGGACCACCGGCGGCGGCAGCAGCUGAUGCGGGGAGACGGCGACGACGGCCGCCGCCGCCAGCAGGACGGUGACGGUAACAGCAGCAGCAGCAGCAGUGCCGCCGUGGCGCGGCGGUGCGCGCGCGACAGAGGCCUCGUGAGACCGGCGGCAGCGGCGGCGGCAGUGGCGCUGACGCCGUCGCCGCUGCUAGCUUCCGCCGGCGUCGUUGGUUCUCCUCGGCAGGGUGGCUUCGCCGGCGGCGCCGUAGCCGCGCCGGUGCUCGAGAUCGACCCGGCGGCGCCCACCGGGCUGUCCAUGAAGCGGUCGCUGCAGCUGUUCCUGCAGAAACGCAAGGCCAGGACGGCCGCCGCCGUCGCGCCGCCCUACGCCGCCGCCGGCCGCCAGGCGAUGAGGCACUAA